AUGUAUGUGAAAUGGUUUGAUACAGUAAUGUUUUACUAUGUAAUAAUUGUUUUUAAAAAAAUUUCAUUUUUUUUCAUUUUCAAAUUUGCCGCCGUCCUGUCGUCGCAGGGACCGGAACACAGAAGCCAGAUGCCGGCACCGGCCGGAGGAGGUGGCCGGGGACGCUGCAGGGGACGAAUCAUGGGAGCGAAGGACAAGGUAAGCGCUGCAGUGAAUCCCUGAGCAACGCUGCAUGGUAAGCCCGAGUGUAGCUCGGGGUUACCGCUUGUGCUACACUCGGGAAUACCGCCAGGGAGGUUA